AAAAAAGUUAGAGAGGUUAAAGCAGGUAAAAUAUAUGUACAGGUGAAUCAGUUUGUAACUCUAUAUGAUGACAGUGAUAUAAUAAACUCCCAGUUUCCCAAAAGUCUCUAAAGGUACCCAGACAGACUCUGGGAUCUCCAUUUUGCAUCUAGUGCACUUCAAGAGUCCAAACAGUUAAGAGAUAUAAGAUCUUUCUUUGAAUCCAUAUUUAUAGCUCCUUCUGACAUAAGUUGACAAGCUACCCACAUGGGCUUGUCUUUUGACCUUAGACCAUCAUAUUUAAUGUCCAAUUGCUCUGAAAUUAGUAUUUUCUGUUAAGAGUCCUUCAUUAUCAUUUCACAAAAUUUCUUUAACUAAAUAACCCAUCAAGGGUAUAAACAAUAUAAAUGUUUAUUACAUUAUAACAGGAACAGAUAUGCAAAUAACAUCUCAGUUUUCAUAAAUUUAAACACCCAAUAUACUCUUAUACAUCUAACCAUUACUUUGAUCUACACUCAAACUAAAUAUGAGUCAACAGUAUAACACUGUUGCAACAAUGCGAACAUCAUUCUAGGCUGUAUUAGCAGGUGUAUUGUAAAGACAUGAGAAGUAAUUCUUCCAAUUUACUUCAUGCUGAUUAGGCCUCAACUGGAAUAUUGUGUCCAGUUCUGGGCGCCACAUUUCAGGAAAAAUGUGGACAAAUUGGAGAAAGUCCAGAGAAGAACACCAAAAAUGAUUAAAGGUCUAGAAAAUGACCUAUGAAGGAAGAUUAAAAAUUUGGUUUGCUUAUUCUGGAGCAGAGAAGACAGAGGGGACAUGAUAACAGUUUGCAAGCACAUAAAAAAGAUUGUUACAAGGAUCGAUGGAGAAAAAUUGAUUUCCUUAACCUCUAAGGAUAGGACAAGAAGCAAUGAGCUUAAAUUGUAGCCAGGUCCAUUUAGGCUGGACUGUCAGGGUAGUUCAGCACUGGAAUAAAUUGCCUAGGGAGGUUGUGGAAUCUCCAUCAUUGGAGAUUUUUAAGAACAGGUUAGACAAACACUUGUCAGGGAUGGUCUAGAUAAUACUUAGUCCUUCCAUGAGAGCAGGGGACUGAACUAGAUGACCUCUCAAGGUCCCUUCCAGUUCUAUGAUUCUAUAGUAUAAUCCCAUUUACUUGAAAACCCUAUUAUCCAAACCUCUGCAUUAUCUGAAUUCUUGUCCACCGCACAAGAUACAUGCCCUCAGCAGCAUAUAUCUCGUGCUGGGGAACAGGAAGGGAUUUGGAUAAUGCAGAGGUUCAGAUAAUAGAGCAAAGGCCCUGGCCAGGACUGUGAGGAGGAGGAGCUGACGCCCAUGGCCACAGGGGAGGCCAUCCUGCUAUGAAUGGCUUCUGCAGCAACGCAGGGAGCCCACUGCAGCCCAGCUGUCAUGGGACUGAGCGAGAAGGACCAUGACAGCAAAGCUGCAGAGGACUCCCUGUGCUGCUGCAGGGCUAGUGACAGCCAGUCUCAGCAGGUACAAAGUGCAGGGAAGGCUGUAGUCUGGGUGAGGCAGAGCAGAGUCCUGACUAGGGGAUCUCUACUGUGACCCACCAGGAUCACAGACAGCCCCACCCUACACCUGCAAGGAUUGGGUGCCUGCAGGGAUCAGGUGUCACUGGCCCUGCAGCAGUGGCGGGAGUCCACUGUAGUUUUGCUGUCAUGGGAGUGAGUGGGGCAGAGCAGAAACCCCUAGGAGGACGAUGUGCCCCCGUCCUAAUGUUGAAUGGUUCUUGACCUCUCGAUUAUCCAAACUCCCAGUUAACCAAAUAAAAUCCAUGUUCCCCCUGCUAUUUGGAUAAGAAGGAGUAUAUUGUAUUUAUAAAGGGUUUAUCAAAUUUUGGAAAAAAAACAACAAACCCACACCUUUCUAAUAUCUAUGCCUAGCAGAAGUAGUUUAUUUUUCCCUUCACCUGUUUGUGUGAUUUUUUUUUUUUACUGAAAUCUAUACAAUGCAAUUGGUCCUUUCAGUAAUUCAUUUGCAGAGGUUGCAUUUUCAUAAUUCAUUUUAUGAACUGGGACAGUUUUUAGAAGGCUGUCUGCUUUCAUUUACAUUAUUCUCUAUAUGCUCUAUGCUCUCAAGUACAUUAUGUCUAACAGAUGCUAAAUAAUAACCCAAAGAGAAAAUUAUCUGUCACUUUAAAGAGUGACUAAAAAUCAGUUUAUUCUGAAACAUUCUAUCUGCUACCAGACGAGAGUGUUGUACAUACACAAGACAGGGUGAUGAAUAUGUAAUACUGUUCACUUGAGUUUUCCACACAACAAACUGCAUGAAUAAAAGAGACAUACCAGUGUAACCCAGAAAGCAUCAGUUUUCAAGUCAUUCUUUAAACAGGACAUUAUAUAAGUAAACCCAGUCAAAGUUUUGAUGUAGGCAUGUAGUGUCCAAAUGGCCUAAAAGAAGAGUCUAAAGUUAAUGCACAAUUACAAAUCAGCACAGAUUUCUGAUUCUACCCAGGCUUCUUUGAACAAAGAAAAUAGGAAAUGAAGUUUAAGAGACUGUGUUAAAACACAGUGCAGUGAUUGUCAAUACAGAGCAAAACCAAAUAUUCUAAUAUUAAAAUACAUUUUAACAUGGCUCGCUAUUAGAAAUAGAUGUAAAAAUGUGGCCUUUUCCAAUUGGGGUUUGUAACAAAGUUGUGCCCCUUAACUGUAGACUGAUAACCUGGUCAGUCAUCCACAGCUUCAUGAUGUCUAAUCUGCUUCUCGCUGUACUUCGGAAUGAGAAUAUGGAGUUAAAAAACCCUUCAGAGGAUUCAAAACACUGCCUCCUGCCUCCUUUAAAAACACAGGUCAUAGGGUGACCAGAUAUCCUGAUUUUAUAAGGACAGUCCUGAUUUUUGGCUCUUUUUCUUAUAUAGGUUCCUAUUACCCCCCACCCCCAUCCUGAUUUUUCACAUUUGCUGUCUGGUCACCCUAACUGGCCACUAAGAGCUUAGUACCCCAAUGCUCUUCUCACUACACAGACUUUCAAAUGAACCAAGAAAACAAGUAAAUUCCAACAUAUAGUCCUCAUCUUUGUGGAUGUUCUGCCCCUUUCAAUGAACUCUGUGCAGAGCCUUACUUUCAUUUGUUCCAGUUUAUUGCCAGAAUAAUAAGAGUCACCACAGCAGAUAGACAUAGUUGUGUUUAAAUCAGCUCCCCUUAUCUCCUUCUCUGCUGGGUCCAACUAUAACAAUGGCAAUGAAGAUCUUCUAUCCCAUGAGUGUCCAGUGUUCUCACUGCCUGAACAUGAACAAAAGAAAAGAAGUUCACCUAGAAACAAGGUGCCAGACUGCUGCUUUUGCUGCAGGAGUAGCAUGGGCCGGCCAGCAAGAGAGGGGGAGUAAGCAACAAAACAUAAAAACAAAAGGAGGAGGCAGCUAUAAUUUUGGAGGUGCUGCAGACAAAGCAGUGACCUCUGAUGGAGAAGCAGCCAUGUUGGCAUCAGACAAGCACAAAACAGUCAGUUGUAGCCUGCACUGACGGUGUACAGUCAGAGAGAGCUGAAGUGAGGCCAAAGGAGGAAUUCUGCAUGUUAUGUUUGGACUCAGCAGAGAAGGAGAUACAGCACAAAACUGUUUCUAUUCACUUUAUUGUUCUAGCUGCAAAAUUGAAACUAACACAAAAGUGCUAAAACAUUUAAAAGGAGGGCAUCACAUUCCUCCAAACCUACUUACAAAAACUUUCCAAACACAUAUACUUUAUUGGUUACAUGGCUAAGCACUGUAUAACCUAACUAAAAGUUACAAGUGGACUACCAGAGACUUUUAAAUUGCAAGGAUUUGCCCUGGAACAGCAACUCACUAACUUUGAUAGCUCCACACAUUUGGACGGGGCCAUCCUUCUUGAUCAUUUGAUGAAUGGAGCCACUUCACUGUGUGAAACUGGUGACAAGACUCUGGUGUUCAUUAAAUGAUCCAAAUCAGCUUGCACCAGAGGCUUCAGAGCAUAAGGCACAAUUCUGGGCUUCCAAUAUUUUGACUGCCUGUCAGACUUUAAUAGUGAGCUUCAUGGAUACAUUGCUUAUCUGUCCCAACUUCUUUUUCAAAUAUUUGACGUGUCCCUCCAGUAUUUUUUGAAAGUUUCAAGGUGCUUUUUUGAUCACCUUGAUCUCUGUUCACCUUAGCUUAAGCCAAGAUCUGCCAAUGGUUGAUACCCUUGUAUCAGGUGCGGGGUGGCUGCGCGUGGCGGGCUGAGGCGGGCGCGGGGCUAAAAGCUGCGGGCCCAUUGUGACGCGGCGCGGCGGUCACUGUGCUGAUGCGCCGCGGGGCAGGAGCUGGGCCAUGCAGCAGCCGCGGCGGCGGCGAGGGCCGGGGCGGUGUCUCGGGGCCGAGAGCGGCUGGCGCUUCCCCGCGGGCUUCUCCCUGAGUGACCGAGCGCCCAACAGAGGCAGCAAGAAGCCGGCCGCGCCCCGCAGCUUCCCCCGCGCUGAGCCCGGCUGCCCCGCGCCCCGCUCGGAGAUGGCGCGGCCGGGCUCGGGCCGCUUCUCGCCGCCGCAGUACCUGGACCCGUACGGCUCGGAGCCGGAGACGGCGGGCGGGGAAGGGGGCUGCAGCCUGCCCCCGACGUACCAGAAAGCGGGGCUGAGGAAGGGACAGAAGAGCCGGGUCCCCCACCAGUCCCGCCGCUCCUCCUCCUGGCAGCGGCAUGUGCCCCCGGCGGGGGAAGGGUAUGCGACCUCCCUGAACCCCUCCUGCACCAGCCUCUUCCGGGGGGACUGCCCGGGGCACCCCGACAGCAGCCCCUUGGGCCGGGGCAGCCGGCUGGAGGAGGGGCUCAGGGAGGACCAGUGGGCCAGCCCUGUGCAGAGGACCCGGGAGUAUGGCCCAGAUUUCAUCUCUGAGGCCAGCAAGCCCCUUUCCGCCUGCGCCUCCUCUUCCUCCUGCCAGCUGGAGACCGCCCCCAGCAAGCCCGGGAAGAAAGAGCUCAAGAGCGGGGGCUGGCAGGAGGCGUGUGAGAGCAGCCCAAGCCUGAGUGACCUGAUGCACUCCUUUGCCAGACAGUAUGAAGAUGAGGAUGAAGAGGAUACACGGGCUGAAAACCAUUACCACAAACACAGCGUCCACCAUCCCCCGAGGUCAAGAAGGAGAGAGCCCCAGGUCAGCGUCCAGGAUCUAACUGAUAAGAGAUAUGAGGACUUAAUCCCUGAAAGGGACCGAAAGAUUGCAGCUCUGAUGCUGGCCAGGCAUCGGGAGGAGCAGGAUCUGAAAGAGAGACAGCAGCAGACCUCUGAUGCCUGGGAUAAGAUGAGAGGGAGGGAGAAGAAGAUCAAAUCAAAACUGGAAAAAGAAAGGCAGCACCAUCUUGCUGAAAGCCUGGAGAAGUGGCAAAGGGAUAGAGAGCACAGGAAAGCCAGGCUCAGGCUAGAAGAGCAACAGCUUUUGAAGGCCAGAGAGAAAGAAAUGAUGUUACAGCACAAGAAGUGGGAAAAAGUAGCCGAGGAGCAAGAAAUGAGGCGGAAGGAAAAACGUGAAAGAACUAAAGUCCAGGCUGAGUACAGGAAACGCUGUCAAGAAAAGCAACUGAGAGAGAAAAGAAUAGCUGAGAAGAAUGCUAAGCAGUACAACUAUAAUCUAUUAAAGGAAAAAAUGGCGCAGGCCUUUGAAAAAAGACUGUUGAAAGAAAUGGAGGGGAAGAAAAGGAGUCAAGAUCUGAACCAAUAUGAAAAAACCAGACACAGGCCCCUGAAAUCGCAAAUGGAUCACCAAGUCAAAGCUGAUGAGCUUUAUAAGAGGCUUUCUAUAGAACAAAAGCUUCAAAGAUCUCAAGAAAUCCUUGAUCAGCUGAUGGAAGAAAGGAACAAAGAACUAAAAGAAAAAUCUUCAAGGGAUGAAGAACAAGUCCUAUUGGCCAAGUUUAGAGCAAAAGAGACUGAGGAAGAAAAAAGAAGGCGUAAAAAUAUGUUGCUGCAGAUAGCGGAGAUGAAGAUCCAGCAAGCCCGAGAAAUUAUGUCUAAAAAUAUCCAAGACAAAGCACAACGUAGCAAGGAAAGUAACUAUUUAAAAGAAAUAAACCACCACUUUCGAAAACAAAAAGUUGAAGAUGAUGAAAAAUGUCACCUACAGGAAAUUCAGGAAGCCAUCAAAAGGAAAGAUGAAAAAAGCAAUAGAAUUUUAAGGGACAAGGAAGCGGCUGUUGAAGACUCUAGAAAAAUAGCAAGAGCAUCUUAUGACCUGAGAAAAAAAGUGAGAGAACUGAUUAACAGCCAUUCAUUUGACUAGAUGACUUGAGAUGUCCAUCACAAUGCAAGUCUUCCUAAAGGGAUCUAGUAAGACUUAAAAAGAAAAAUUGCAAUCAUUCUUGUGCUAAAAUGAUGGCUUGCAAUACAUUCAUUUUGUGGCUUGUCUAGAAUUCUGCAUUGUAUUACACUAAAAUGGUUUCACCCUUAACCUGGGUGCGUCUCAAAUGCACUGAUCAUUUUCAGUAGGAUUAUGGCCUAAAGGAUUUCACAGUGUUUAUUUAAGUGCACCAUUUUGCAAUUGUAUUCUGUUUAUAAACUGAAAAUGGGCCACCUGGAAUCUAUACUAUUUAACUGAUUUAAUGUAGAAGGUAGAUUUUGAUGGAAUCCAGAAAAGGUUACUAAAAAAAGCACGAAUGCUAUCUAAUUGCAGGCACACUGUGGAAACAUGGGCAGAUACCUUGUCUUAGUCUGCAUUUGUAAAGCACCUUACAGCAUUAAUGCUACAUAAACCCAUAAUAACAAAGGUCUAGGUUCCAAGAUUCCAAGAACUGAAUAAUGCAACAUCCACAAAUAUUAAAUAACUUGUUUUUUUCUGCCUUCAAUCACUUAGUAAAUACACUGAUCAGACCAUAUAUUUGGUGAGAAAACAUUACAUAAGUAUGUUAAACAUGAAUCAUGCCAGAUCUAAACAAUCUAUGGAUGCAGGUAUUUUGAGACUGAUGGUGCUUGGAUACAGUGGAGUUCUCGCUUAGUUCUCACUGUGAGCCAUAUGCUGUUUUUUUUUUAAUAUAUAAAAGAUGUUCAUUUCACUAGGGAGUUCCACAUAUUGACAGAUAGAGGAUCUGACCCUGAUUGUAUAAAGAUUUGGUUGCUUUCAUACUGAACCUGCAUGUGUCCAAACAUUUUCUUUAUUUCUAUUUCUGUUGUCUGGGUAUUUCCCCAACUGUUUAAAAUCUGAACUUUUCAAGCACUGAACACAUUUGGGUGUGGCUUUUUUUAAAAACAACACUAUUAUUCUAUCAUAUCUGCAUUUGAUAGACUAGAUGUAUGGCUAAUGUUAGAGACUUAAACCUUCCUCUCCUACCCCAAUCUUUCACCAGUACUAAUUUGACACUAAAAAGAAUGCUACUGAUGAAUAUAAAGAAAAAUAUUUACCAAUAGAGUAUGUGGGGUGAAAUCCAGAUGCAACUGAAGUCAAUAGCAAAAUUCCCAUUGACUUUUGUGGGGUUAGGAUUUCACCCCUCCUAUAGCAGAUUUUAAAGACACUCGUUUACAAUCUGGUUAAGGGACUGCCAUUCUUCCACUGUCCCAAAUAUGUCACACUUCAGCAAAAGGGUGCCCAAAGGCAUCAAGUUCAAGUGCUUUCAUCUUGAAUAGGAUUCAACUUGAUUCACUUGGUAAAAAUGUUUCAUAUCACAUAAGGUUUCAGAACACUGAAUUAUAUUAAAAAUGGAAGGGGUGAAAUCCUAGCCCCAUUGAAGUGGGCUUGGAUGUUUUCCCACCAUGUCCAAACAAACAUUCAGCUUCUAGUUUUCACUUGCUGAGAUCAGAAUAUGGUUUUAUUUCUAAUUAAUUGUAUCGCUUUUGAAACACAGCUAAAGUUCCAUUUUGAACAUUUAGUUGAAUUUACUGAGAUCUUAAUGCAAUCUAAAAUGCAGCUCUUGUCCAUUUCCUGUAGUUAUGCACAUUAUUACGUUGAUUUUAAAAAAAUUAAUGAACGCAUUUGAGAUGUAGUUUCUGGCACUAGAGUAUUCAAAGAAGCUAUUUUAAACAAUGGCAAUAGGAGGCUCGGGAAUGCUAUGUGUAUUUGAAAAUCUAAGCUUUCAAUUAAAAUGUAAAGUUUGUAUAUUAUGUUGUAUAGUAUUUCCUCUUAGCUGAGCUUUUAAAGCACCGAACAAAUUUGGGUACAGCUUUUUUUAAACACUUGUUAUAAUUCUGCCAUAGGAAUGCUACUUCAAUCAGUAGAAAGCCAUAUGGUAAAGGACUGGUGAUACAGAAGGCCUUCCACUUCGGGAAAACUAUGAGUUAUUCCCAUUGGUAAAAUUACCAAUGGUCAGUUUUAGUUCUCAAACAUUUAUUUAAUCUUACAUAAAUAUUCCAAAUAAUUCAUAUACUGAAUUUAAUUCUAGUAAUAUCUAAAUAAUCCAAAACAGUAAUCAUUUUGGAAAUAUUAUAUUUAUAUUUUAAUAUGUGGAAUAAUUUUGUUGUUCCUACAUUGUACAAUUAGUAGCUUUAUGCAAAGAAAAUGUAAAGGGUACUAUAUCGGAAACAGUUUAAAUGGAAUUACUAAUGUAAAAUAUAUUAAGUGCUUUAAAGACUGAAUAACAUAUUUUACUCUUCUAGAAACAGUGGAUUAUUUGAUUUUAUAUCAGAAUAUUCUGAGUACUUCUAAAGCACUUAGAUGUAGAUGUAGAGUUUUGUGAUGUGAAGCAAUAUUUGAAUACUACUGAAACUUCAAAUUGUAAAACAAGAUGUAGUAGAGCACUUAAGAAUAAAACUGCAUUAGUGUUAGUAUACUAUCAGAAAUGAAUAUAUAUAUUUAUAAAAUUUCUGGGACAGUGAAUCAUAUCAUUAAAUGUUGUAAUUUUUCUUACU